AUGGAUAAAUUCACCCAAAAACUCCAAGCAAGUUUAGAAAAUAUACAACCUGAUCCUGAGAAGAAAUAUGGGAUAGAACGAUUAAAGGCAUUGGGAGCCACAAACUUUGAAGGAACAAAGGAUCCUGCAGAUGCAGAAGAAUGGAUGAAUCAAAUAGAAAAAUGUUUCAAAGUGAUGAGAUGUCCUAAAAAGCGUAAGGUAAGUCUUGCCACAUUCUUAUUGCAAAAAAAAGUAGAAGAUUGGUGGAAGCUACUGAAGAAUAGGAAGGGCGAUCAAGAAGAAAUAUGUUGGGAGGAAUUUCAAAAAUCAUUUUUUGAAAGAUUCUAUCCCCGAUCAUUCAGGGAUAUGAAACAAGAUGAGUUCCUACAGGUCAUGCAAGGAAACAUGACUGUAGCAGAAUAUGAAUUAAAGUAUACAGAAUUAUCCAAGUAUGCUUUAAACAUAGUGGUGGAUGAAAAGGAACGCUGUCGGAGGUUUGAAAUAGGAUUAAAACAAGAGAUUCGAACUCCUAUUACAACCAUCGCGGAAUAG